AUGGGCAUUUUCGACUUCAUACACCGAAAUUUCCCUCCCGCGCACCCUAAUGCUCCCCCUCCUUCCUACCAAGAUGUUGCAGCACCUAGGUCAUGGAAGGUUCAUCUCAAGUUUGGAUCUGACCCCGACCUGUUAAAGAGGGCAACCCCGCAGGUGAACCUGACCAUCGGCUGGCAAGCCCACCUCAUACUUUACACGUCAGAUAUCGUCGGCUUAAUGAGGGAAGGGCUGUACGUGUCUCAAAAGAACGUCAUCGUGGAGGAGAGUUGCUUAGCCCUACGUCCCCACGAGCAGGAGCACAAGACCUACUACCAUGACCGUCAUUUUACUCUUACCGGCCCCAAUUGGAAAGGGAAUUUAGUGGUUACUACGUUCAGUGGCCCUAUUGCAACUAACUUCCGCGUGGAGCAUCUUUCAGCAGAUAAAGUGUUUCACUGUGAUGCAUCGGAUGUUUCUAAGACGCCGCAGUGCUGGGCAUACUAUUUUAUGAUAGAUAGACCUCACGUCAACGCAAAUUACAUCUUGGACGACACUCCUUUGGAAGGCUUAUGGCCGUGGCCUCGGAAAGAACCUAGCCCCCAAGGAAUGGAAAAGGAAAGGGAGCAGGAGGGAACUGAGGAAGGCGAUAUGCUCGACCUGCUAUGA